AUUCCAAUCGUGGAAGAUUGAGCCUCUACAGACAUUCCAAUCUCAACAGGUUUGGUGACGAAGAUCACUCAAGUGCUCACGCUUUUGAUGCUUUUCGUGAGAUGGUAGAGCACCUCAGCUGGGAAAGGCGCAAACCUAAAUGGUUGAUCAAAUCAAUAGUUGCGGAUCCUAAGAGAUGGAAAGCAAUCAGCGACAUACUCAACUGGCCGUGGUUCCGCCGUACUUGGACUAUACAGGAGGUUUUGGCCGCUCGCGAAGUUUAUGUUCUUUGUGGCAAGGAUUCGAUUACUAUGACUUUGUUCCUGAGGAUCAUCUACCAUAUGGAUAGUGGAUCCGUUGGUUCAUAGACAACGAUCACCGCAAAUCCGGAACGGCGAACACAUCAUCAAAUCAGUGAAAGGGAGCAAAGAUACAGUGUAUGAUUUUUAAGGACAACUCUCCCAACCCAAAAUACAAUCAUCGCUACUAUGUAGUCA